ACAUUAAUAACGCGGGAAAAUCGAAGAGGAAGCACAUGUCCAUGUCAGCGGAAGCCGUCAACGUUGUCUACGCUUCUUCAUCUCUUAUUAAUUGGAUACUGAUUUCAUUCAUUUACAGACUUCUUUCUUUCUCUCCCUAAUUCCAUAGACCUAUCAUCUACAUAUACAUAUAUAUAUAUAUAUACACACACACACACAUAUAUGUAUGUAAAUACACAUAGAUGAAUGGGAUUAGACCAGGAAGAACACGUAAAAAUUGUUGGUGGUCGCUGUUGUCGAUAGUAAAUUAGUUCAUUGAAAAAAAUUGGAUAAAUUUAAUAAACUUUACUAUAGCAUCAAACCCUUCGCCAUUUCUUCUGGGACUGACAAAAAGAUUGAGAAGUUGGGUGUUGAUAAUCGUUAUACCAUGGCAGAAAGGACCAAACGUUCGAUUAAACCGAAGCAAUUUCACGGAGAGGUGUUGAGCUAUUCUGUCAAUAUCCGACGCAAUAUGGAAUCGGAAAAUAGCAAGCGUGUGGUGAAGAGAAAACACUUUUUUGACGAGCUUUACCAAGGUUUUAGCCCAACAGCUGCAGCGAAAUCUUCGCCUUUGUUCUCUUCGUCACAGCAGAAAAGGCAUAAGGGGAACACCUGUUCGGAUUAUCGAGGGUCGAAGACGAAGAACGAGGAUGACAAACCAGAUAAUAACAACAGCAGCAAGAAAUCAAAAGCGUCCAAAACCUCUGAAUACUCCAACAUCAGGAACGACGAAAAAUCGAACCCCCAAAAUCGAAUCUAUGAAAGGCUCCAGAAUUUACAGCUGCAGAAAUCUCCGGCCGUGCCUGACAUGGACCCGGCUUUCUUCCUUCGUUGUCAUUCCGAUAGUAACCGACCCGAUGACGACGGUAACAAGGUUUGGAUGUGUCGGUUCGAACCUCGGCUGAAGGAUCCUGCUCGCUCCGGUCGGAGCGGCCAAUUGAUCGCCUCGUGUGGCGGCAAAAUCAUCUGUCUCGUGGACUCUGGCUCCGGCCGAGUGAUGAUGCGAUACAAGGACAGUGACAAAGAUGAGAAUUUCUAUGCCAUGGCCUGGACAACCUUGGAGAUCGCCGGCGACAAAAACAGGGACCCACAACUCACCAACAUACUCGCUGUAGCCGGGGAAGGACGACGGAUCAAACUCCUGCAUCCGUCUCAGCUGGUUAUUUAUGCUAACAUCACCGGCCAUAAGAAGUGUAUCACCUGUUUACUCUUUCAUCCAUCACGAGCAACAUGGCUGUUCAGUGGUUCCGAUGACUGUCGGAUCAUUUUGUGGGACAUUGGCGUUCCCAGUUUCCCGGAUUACUCCACCAAACACCUUCAGUUAAUAGUCCUAGAAAGUCCAGCAAAUGUCGUCAACAUGGUGUAUAGUAGAGCCACAAGCUUGUUGUUGGCUGGCACUGAAGACGGUUGUUUUGGUUGGAAGUUUAAAGAUUCCAGAGCGAACAUUUGUGGUAAAUCUCGUAAACCUUUGGCAAGAUUCUGCUUGCCACAGUUAACGAAUUCCAGUGACGAGUGCAUCGAUGGCUUGGUUUUGGUGGACGACAACACGGUGGCCUCUAAGUGUGUUGAAGAAAAAUAUAUAUACCUCUGGAACCUUACUGAUCAUGCACCCCCUGCUACGGCACUGAACUCCAGCUCAAAGACUCGUAGAAUUGAAGUCAAUCCGUUUACCUGCCUCAAGUACCAGGUCAUGGAUGAACCCUACAUAUACAUGUCUGGCGGGAAGGACCGUCUAGUUGUGGGUGACGCAGAGGGCAGAAUCUUCAUUUACAACCUGAAGCACGUCCUAGGGAAGUCUAGCUCUAAGGGAGAUAACCCAAACUUGACAAUUUCAAAGGGAGGUAAUUUGCUUCAUUUGCCUUCACGAGUGCUCGACUGGCCGAAAAUUGAGUACAAUUGUGAUGGCAAUGGGGAAAAAAGGACAGAGGAAGAGGCAGCGAUGGGUAAUGAUGAUGGCUCCAGGAAGGAAGAAGAUGAAGAAGAAGAGGAGGAACGACCCAUCAUCAAUAGCGUUGUUAUGGAUGACAAGGGCGAGGUUUUGGCUGCGACAGCCGAUUGCAAUCUCGUCUGUAUCUGGAAGGUCUGCACCAAUUGAAAGCCGGACUGUGGUGUAUGUGUGUGUGAGUGUAACUGUAUAUACAUGUGUGUGUUUAUGAGGGGAGUUUAUAGGCGCAGGAGUGGCUGUGUGGUAAGU